GUACAUGUCAACUUUGUAUUCACACGCCGAUUUUCCAGCAAAGGGGCCAAAGGAGAUUAAUGAAGAACUGAUGAACUCCGUGAGCCAUAACCCACUCCUGCUGCUCACCCCUCAGAAAGUCAAGCGCUACAUUGAAGCCUUGUGGAAUAAGAAGAGCUCAGGGCAACCUGUCACCUUCACGGAUAUCUUUGGAAUGCUGAUAGGUGAAACACUCAUCCAAAAUAGAAUGGACACCACUUUGAGCAAAAUGAAGGAGAAAAUCAAUGAAGCUCAGUGUGCUCUCCCACUCUUUACAUGUCUCCAUGUCAAACCUGAUGUCUCGGAGCUUAUGUUUGCAGAUUGGGUGGAGUUCAGUCCAUAUGAGAUUGGUAUGGCAAAAUAUGGUACUUUUAUGUCUCCUGAUCUGUUUGGAAGUAAAUUUUUUAUGGGGACAGUAGUGAAAAAAUACAAUGAAAAUCCUUUGCAUUUCUUAAUGGGUGUCUGGGGCAGUGCAUUUUCUAUAUUAUUUAACAGAGUGCUUGGAGUCACUAAUUCUCAAAACAAAGGACCCACCAUGGAGGAAGAAUUAGAGAAUAUUAGGCUAAAGCACCUGGUGAGCAAUGACAGUUCAGACAGUGAAGAUGAAUCACAGCAUCCAAAAGGUAAGGAAAUCCCCAU